AUGGACCCAGACGCAAGCAUUCCGGACUCCGAACCCUCCACCUUCAACUACAUCCUUUCCUUCCUCCUAGUCGGCGUUGCAUGGGGCUUCACAACCCCUUUUAUCCGGCGCGCAGCGGCAGACUUCAACGCGCGACAAGAGAAGCAACAGCAACAGCAGCAGCAGUCCGACACAGAUUCCCGCGGACGAUCGCAGACUCAAUCGUCGAGUCCGGACUUUCGCGACGAGCCAGAUAAGGAGCAGGAGCUUCUUCGGAAUGAUGCGGAUGUUGAGGGUGAGGGGGUGAGAAGACGGAGUACUAGUCAGCAGCGACAAGAGCAGCAGGCUGCUACUACCAGUGCAGGCGCGGCUGUAGCCACUGCCGCAGGUACUGGACAAGAGGGCGAUGUGGAUAACACGCCAGCGCCAGCCUGGAUGCAAUCGAAAUCGCAAUCACAGCAGAAGUCCUGGCUGCGCACGAAGAUUGUGUCUAUAUUCUGGACCGUUGUGAAUAUGCUCCGUACGCCGGCGUACUCGAUUCCACUGAUCAUCAAUUUGACGGGGAGUAUUUGGUUUUUCUUGCUUGUUGGAAAGCACGAACUCUCUUUGACAGUGCCGCUGGCGAACUCGAGUGCGUUUUUGUUCACGGUUUUGGGCGAGUGGUAUGUUGAUCGGAAGGUUAUUGCGAAAGAGACCUGGUUGGGACUGGUGUUGGUGUUGGGCGGUAUUGCGUUGUGUGUGCAUUCGAAGAAUCAGACUGGUUGA